AGUAGAACGCAUGAUAUAAUUAUAUCAUGGUAGAACGUACGUAAUAAAAGUUGAUAUAGAAAUCAUAAUUUUCUACUUUUCCGGCACGAAUUUAUUCACUGUUCCUUUCAGUUUUCGAUACCUUUAAGUUUUUUCUAUCUUAAUGUAUGUUCGAAGUAUAAUAAUUCUUUCCAUUAUAACACAUUCCACAUAACUAAAUCCUACUUCGGUUUUUUUAGAUACAAUGUCAGAUCGCAAAGCAGAAUUAGAAAAAAAGAAAGCAAAAUUACAAGCCAUCAGGGAACAAAAAGAACGACUACGCAAAGAAAAAGAAAAAAAAGAUGUAUGUGAAAUGAUAAAAUAACUUAAUGUAUGGUAUUAUUAGAUAUAAUUAAAAUAAUCAAUAAUAAUUAUAUGUUCUUUUUCUAAAGACUAUUCCUACUCAUUUUUGUUAAGCCAAUAAGUACUUUCUUAUAUUUAAAAAAAAUAUUUUUAGUUUUUUUAGUUAUUUAAGUUAUGGAUCUACCUAGACAAUAUUCUGAUUGAAUGAAAUUGAGAGGGAUAUCGGAAGGACUAAGGAAAUACCAAUUAUACUGAAAAGUACAUUUUGAAAAUUUGUAAUAAUGUUGUAUAAUACAGAAUAUUGGGCAGUAGACAGAAAAUAGAUUAUAAGAAAAGAGUAACAGAUACAGAAGUGCAACCAGGUUAUAACUCUUCUCCCUGAAAUUUUAGAUUUUAUUAUAAAUUAUGUGUAAUAAAUUUUAUUGCAUAUUAUUAUUUCAUAUAAACUAAAAUUAGGUUUAAGAUAUUUGUUACAUGUUAGAUUUUUAGACUUAAUUUAUAUCAAUGAAGUUAUAAUUUUCACUAAGAGUUUUUCUCAGAAAACACUUUUUGCCAAUAAAAUGCUCCUAAUUUAUCACAUUGCACAUUAAAAUAAGUGAACUUUUCAUCGAAAAUUACGGUAUGUUGGUUGAUUUUUGGGUCAUCUAGACCACAUGGAAAAAAACCCGACCAACACCUUACCAAAUUACUGACCUUCAUUCAAAAUUAUUUUUUAUUUGUAAUUUAGAAGUUAAGACCCCUUAUGGCUUUUUCAUUGUUUUAUGUUAGCAUUGAUUUAUUGCAACUUCAAGUAUAUAAACUAAAUUAUCAUUUUAUAUCUAUCCUAUAAAUUCCCAACUAUCCACCUGGAACAGUGCUCUACCCGUGAGAAACCACAGUUUUUUUGUAAUUCAUAACCCUUUUCGAUAAUAAAUCUUGGUUGUGUCACUAAAAAUAAUUGUAUAGGGAUGAAAGAGUGACCUUAAAUGGAGUAUUAUAUUUCAAUAGUUUUUAUUGUUUAUAAUAAAAUAAUAAAGUAAAAACAAAAUUAUUAAAAUGGUUAAUACUUGUAAAUAAAUAUAUAAAUAAAAAACUAUCAUAAUACUCCAGGCGACACGUUGAUUCAUUUAUUUAUUUUAUUUUAAUUUAUAUAUUUAUUUACUAUAUUUACUUUAUUUAUAUUGUUUAUAAAAUGAGAGAGAAUGGACAAAGUUCGAGCAUAGAGUCAUAGAAAAGAGUUAAGUUCAAUUCAAAUCAUUCUUGAUUCUUAAAGUGCCUAAGAAUUAAGAGCUAUGUAAUUAAAAAGUUUAAGAAUUACUUGUUUACCUUCACAUUGUGAUAUAGGUUGGCUACUUAUAUUUACUUAAUUGAUUAUUUUGGUAGAAUCAUUAAAUUUUUCAUUGAUUUUUUAUUUUAUUUACCACUUAGUUUACUCAUUAUAUACACUAAUAUUAUUCUUUUUGACUUGGACAUACAGCAUGAUUUUAUAACUAAUUUAUUAAUAUUUAUUUUUGUUUAUUGUUUUUUGAAAUAGGGUGAUGAAGCAAUUUCUCGUGGUAUUAAUGUUGAGAAAGAUCAAGGUAAAGAAAUUGAUGAAAUGUUAUCAUCUCUUGGAGUUGCACCAGUUUCAGGUAUAUUUAUUGAAAUUUUUUAAUAAUAAAAUAAAAUUGUGUAAUUAAACAAAAUUUUAGAUGUUUUGUCAAGUUUAACUACUUCACCAAAUAAGAGUGAAUUAUAUAAUUCAAUGUCAACUCCUGAUUCUAGUGUAAAAGGAUCACUACCUCAAACACCACUAACAUGGUAAAAUAAUAAUUUUAACAUUCAAAUUUUGUAUAAAUUUAAUGCUUAAAAAAAAAUUCCAUAUAAUGACUAAAAAUUAGAAUUAAAAUCUAAUUAUCCUAUCAUAGCUUUAUAAAUCUUAAGAGUUUUAGCCACUACUAUUAGUGCUUUCCAACUUCUAUAGUUCUGAAUAAUUUCCUCCCAGUUUGUAGUUUUCAAUUUCUCUAGGUCUUAUUGUAUGUCAUCCACCUAGCGCUUAUUUAUUACCCCUCUCAGUUUCUUUCCUUCUGGUUGACUUUCAAUAGUUGCUCUAGUUAAGUUUGUUACCUUUAUUUGUUUUACAUGUUUUACUUUUGUCGUUUUCUUAUCUCCAUGUUCUUUUUCUUUGUUAGCAGUUAAACACUGUAUUGUAUGGGUCUGCCUAUCGUUCUUAGCACUUUAUUAUCAAUUUUUUAAUUGUAAAGGUACCUGAUUAACUAUUAACUAAUAAUACAUUUUAAUUAUGACCACUAUAUCACUAUAUUAAAUAUUUUGAUUUUAAUUGUAUACCUUAAACUAAAAAAUGUAAUACUGAUAACAAUAAUGAAAACAAUAAUUCCAUAAGUAUUCUUAAUUUUAUUUUGAUUUAUAUAUUUCAAUUUUCAGUCCAAAAUUAAACAAAAAAAAUCGUGAGUUGUCAAUUGUUUCUUUGUCUUCUACAAAUAUACCACCAAAAGAAGUAGAAUGCUACACUAAAGCUGUUCAGACUACACAUUCAUCUAAUGAAAGAGACGGUACGAUUUAUUUUAAUUUUAAAUAAAUAUAAGUUAAAAAUUAAGACAUAUGCAUGAUAAGCUAAGAUUAUUUUAUUUAAGGAACAUAUUAUUAGCUUUUACUUAAUACUACCAUUGUUACUUGUUAUAUUUAUUAUUGUUACGCUGCACUGGUUUCUGGUAUAUAUAUUAAAGGAUCCUGCACUUCUUCCCCUCUUAAAGGUUAUUUUGAAGAUUGGUGGAGGCCUAAAAAAGGUUAGAUUCACAAUUGUCCAGUAAUAGUGUAGUGUUAUAAUGGAGUUUAUUAAUCAUUAUUAUGGUUAAUCCAGGUGGUAUACCCUGAAAAUGUUUUAAUAAUAUAUUAUCCAAUUAUUGUAGAACAAUAUAUAGUGUUUGUGUAUAUAUAUAUUACUGGUAAAUUAUUAAAUUCCUAGAUAUCUCAUAGAAUGCCAUACUCAAAAUAUGUUCUAUGAAAUAAAAUUUUAAAAAAACAUACUUCGCGCGAUGGGUGAACUACUGUUGUAGAUGAGAAGUUUGGAAGGUAGGAUAUAGAGAAGAAUUUAAUGUAAAACUGCAAAGAUUAAUUAUUACUAAUGAGAAACAAUUCUGAAUAGAGCUCAGUUAAUGUUAUUGCUUUUUCAAUAAUAUAUAUUUCAUAUUAUAGUAAAAUAAAUAUAUAUUGAAUACAAUGAAUUACACAUUAAACAUAAUAUUGUGUGGCAUUUGUUUUUUCCUACGUGAUUUUGCAAAAAAAAAAUAGUUAAGAACAUAGGUUUGAACUUGUAAUCUCUGGGACGAUGACAAGCAUGUACCAACACUAAACUACAAUAGACAUACUAUAAAUAUAACAAUAUUGAGUUAUUUAAUGCAACACAUAAAAUAUCUGCAUAAUAUCAGAACUUCAAAGCUAUAAUUUCAUUACUAAGUCAUCCCCCUUAAUUCUGCUUUUAUAUCUGUUCUUAUAUCAGCAAUAUACAUAUGUUCAAUACAAAAAAAAAUUGAAAAAUUUGCAUGGACCAGUAACUAGAUUUAUUCUACAUACUUUUUUACAAUAUUAAUGAUUUUCUUCAAAAUUUGAUAUUAAAAUGCCAGUAUAAAAAAAAACUACAUUAAGUUCAAAUUUUUUUCAACCACACUUUAUAACUUAAUGAUCCUCCUAUUAAAUUUUCAAGCAUUUCUGUUUAGUCUAACAAUUUUAGGUACAGAGUAAAUAUACCAAAUAAAAUUACAUACAAAACUUGCAAAAUUUAAAUGUAUACAAAUAACUCAAAAAUGGCUGAACAAUUUUAAAAAUUUUACCAUGUCUAGAAAGUGCAAAUAUAAGUUUUGAGUCAAAAUUUCAAGUUUCUCAGACUAUUUUUAACUGAAUUAUAAUAUAAACAAAAUUGAAAAAUAAUAAAAGCAUUACUUUUAUAUAUUGUCCCAUUUUUCUUACCUUUUAUUCUGGAUUUUCCCACAUAUUAUAAAAAUCACUUAGAAAAUAAAAAAAAUUGCCUUCUUAAAGUACUAUCUAGACAAUAAUUCCUUUCAGAAAUGUUUUCACACUUACAUAUCAAAGCAAGACUUCUGGUAAAAAUUUUUAUCACAGUUUAAAAACAAAAAUAAACAUUGUAAACCAAUACAUUCUUUGCUACACUCAGAAUCUAAAAUAUCUGCUUUAAUGUAAGUUUUAGUGAUUUUAUUUUUGGUUAAUGUUUAACUUUAAAAAAAUACUGAACUUAAAGUUAGAAUGUUCAUUAAUAUAAUUAAGUUGGUUAUUUAUUAAAUUUCUAACAUUGCAAUUUGUUUUUUAACUUUUUAAUUAAUGCCCAGUUUUGUUUUAAUUCUACAUACAUUUUAAUUGGAACUAAUAAAGUUAAAUAUUUAUUACAUAUUAUUACAUUGUCAUUCUAGAGCGUAUUUAGGAAUAAUUGUAUGCAUUGCUUAGUUCAUGUGUUUGUAAUAAAUACAAAUUUAUAUAUACAUAUAUAUUGCAAAAAUGAACCCAAGUGUUUUAUCAAUAGAAUAAUUAAUACAUUUUAUAAUUUAUACUCAUUACCGAUAAUACAUAUAUUAUAACAAUCAAAUUGUAAGUAGUUAUUUUCACUAUGCAUAUUUUUAAAAUAUAUUAUGCAUUAGAAGUCCAUCUACAAAUUUUGGUGUAUAUCACUUGGAGGUUACAAUUUAUUUAUAUCAAAUUGUUAUUUAUGUGUCAUUAUUUAUAUUUUUUACAUUUGAUGGGGACAAUAUUGGAAAUCAUAAUUCGUUUUCAUCAACAGCUCAAGCAUUUGGAUAUUACGGUAAGCUAUUUUUUAUUAUAAAUAUAGGAAAUAUAUGUUAGUUAUUAUAUCCUAUAUAAGUAUAACUUACAAAAAUAGCAUGCAUGGUAUGUGUUUAAAAUGUAGUUAAUUUUUCGUAGUUUAUUGACGUAAUAAAAUUGACUACAUUAAUAAUUUUGUUAGCAAAAUUUUAUUAAUUUCAAAAUUAUAGUAAUAAUUUAAUUAAAUAAAACAAAAAAAUUAUAUAUAUAUAUAUAUAUAUAUACAUUAAUAUUAAGAAGUUAAAUUAUAUUUUUAAAAUGUUGAAUUACAUCUAAUAAUAAUAAUAAUAAUAAUAAUAAUAAUAAUAAUGGGAAAAUAAUAUUUUCAAAAUUUAACUUUCUUUGUAUAUUAAUAAUUAAUUAACGCAACCAUCCAAUUUAGGUGGUCCAUAUAAUUUGGUAAUAUUUUGAUUUUGUUUAAAUGGUUCUUCACAGAUUUUAUUUUGUUAAGUUAAAUACCUUAUUAUUAAACUAAAAGUACUAUGCUAACAAUGAAAAAUUUAUUUCUUCAUUUUUAUUACUAUAGCACUAUUCACUACCUAGUUUCUUUUAAUUUGGAUAUAUGCACGUUUUUGUUUUGCUUAUUAAGCACUUAAAAGUUUUAUAAUAUAAUAUAUAUUUUUUUUUCAUAUUAAAAAAAUAUUUUUGUUUAUUACAUUAAUUAUAAUGAAUUAUCAUUAUAGAUUUUAAAAAUUAUUUUAGAAUUAAUUGUCUUGUUUAUGAAAAAAAAAAAAUGCUUGGAAUGUGGAUAUAUUAGUUUAUUAAUUGUAUAUUAUGUAGUACUAAAAUUGAGUUUUAAUAUUGAACAUGCCUGCUACUUACUUAUUUAAUUUUUUUAUUAAGUAUAAAUUAUUCAAAUAAUUGUUUUGAAUUUUUUAAACAUUUCACACUUUAGUGUUCAUAUUAUAUAACUUACUAUUAUAUCCCGCAACGGUUUAAUUAAAAAACAAAUUUUUAUAUUCAGAACAUAAAAGGUAGAAAUUAAAUAAUAAAUAAUCAGUUAACUUGAAAUUAUUUUUUGAACACUAUACUACAAAGUAUAUUUUAAAAAGAUGGACAUAGGAAGAAAAAGGACAUACUUCACACGUGGGUAGGUCACUGUUGUAGGUGAGAAGUUGGGAAGGAGAUAGUUGGUAGAGGGGAUUUAGUGUAUAUCUGUAUGCAACGAUUAACCAUUGCUAACGAAAAUGAUUCUGAGCAGAGUUUGUUUUGUCAACAAUUUUUUUAUAUAUAUAUGUUAUUUUAUUUUAUUUUUUUACUACAUUUUCUUUAAUAAUAAUAUUUGUUUAUAUUGUACCUAUUUUCAUGUUUUAACCAUGUUUUUUUCCAGUUUUUCCCAUUUAUUAUAAAAACUGUUUGGAAAAUAAAAAUAUGGCCUUCGUAAAGUAUCACUCCAGUUAGAUUUCCUUUCUGAAAAGUGCUAUCAUUGUAAAUCUGAGUAAAAUUGCUAAUAAAAAAAGUUGUUUAUAGAUUAAAAAAAUAAAAAUUAUAAUAUAAAACAUUGUUAAACUAAUUCAUUCCUUGCUCUGCUCAGGAUCUAAAAGGAAAAUGGCUUGCUUCAUAAUGUUAAUCUUUUAUAAUUUAAAAUCUUAAAAUAAUUACUGUAAAUUGCAAUAUUUCUUUUUUAAAAUUUGAUUAUAAGUUUAUCAAAAAUAGUUGAUAUUUGUUAUAAAUUUUUUUAUUGUGUUAUAUUGAAACCAUCAACAGUUAAUUAAUAAUAAUAAUAAUAAUUUAAUUAUAAAAUUACUUUAUAGUUAGAUACAAAUGUUAUAAUAUAUCAAUAUUUCAAUGUAAUAAAUUUGUUAUUAGAAGUUUUACUUGAGAGCCAAAAUACUUUCAAAAGUUAAAAACAAAAUAAUUUUAUUUAUUACUUAUUUGCUUUAUUAUGAAUCUAAAAAAUUAAAUUACAAUUAAACAUUAUUUUUGUGAAAUUUCAUAAAAAAAUUAAUAAAUUCUAUAUGAUAAAUGUGCAUGUAAUUCUUAUUUGAAAAGAAGAAAAACAAGUAGUUAAAUUUUUAAUUGCUGAGUAUAAUUUUUCAAACACUUUUACUGCAUGUGAUUUGAAUAAAUAGCUUUUUAUAAUAUAUUUCAUGUUGAUGCAUUUAGAUAUCUUAUUUGAUGUUUUAUUUUUAUUUGUUUUAGUUUUCUCAUUCAUGUCUUAAAUUUUUAAUUUUAUAAUUUAUUUACAUAUCUUUGUUAGUUUAUAAUUUUUUAUAUAAAUAAAACAUUGAUAUACAAUUUUGAGCUUAAUGCGUUAUUUUAAUUAUUUAUUAACAUUAAAAAUAUAUUUAUCAUACAAUUAUAUUUAUAUACCUUUAUUUAUAUAAUAUAUUAUUAUUAUUAUUAAUUUGUACGCAAUAGUAUUAAUUUAUAGAGUUAAUAACCAAAGGUUAAGCAGGGAAACAUGUUACUUAUAUAGUAAUAUUACUCAAUUUAAAAUUAGGCUGUGCCAUAUAAUUGAAACUUUAUAUACAUAAUAAGUGUUUUGUAAUACAUUUCCCUGCUUUCACCUUUUAUAUGUUAUAGUUAAUGAUAUACAUAUAUUUAUUUAAGUUACAUUUAUAUAUAUAAAAAAAAAAGUGCAAAUUUGAUGCCUCUUGCAAUUAACUACUUCACGGUGGUGUUUAUGUCGUUUUGCUUGUUUUUGUUCUUUUUUCAAGACGAAUACAACUUAAAUCCUGGCUUGGAAUGGGAAGACGAAUUUACAGGUAGGUACAUCAGCAAAUGCUUUUUAGCAUUUUUUAAAUUGGUAAAUUAAUAAUAAUAUAAAAGGAAAAACCCAUUUUUUUAGUUAAUUAUUUUUAUUUUUAUUCUAUGAAAAUAAAUUUAUUUUGUUGAUGGAGGUUGCGUUAAUUUUAUAUUAUGCUUUGUUAUGUGAUCAAUAGAAAGUUUAAAUGAUACUAAUUUAUGUGUAACUUGAUAAGAUUUUAAAAAAGAUUGAAUUUUUAACUUAAUUCAAUGAGUUAACCUUCUUUAAAAUUAUUAUUAGUUAAUACAAUGUUCUGUAUGUUAAUUUUUUUCUGAAUCAUAUUGAAUAUAGGUUAUCACACUGUUUAUGAAAAAAAGCCUCCUUUCAUUUAAAAGUUAACCUAUUGUUAUAAUAUUUGCUUAAUAACAAAUAUUUUAUUUCAUUUUAAUUAUUAGUAGAAUUCAAUUUUAACACAAUCUAACUAAAUAUAAAUUAUUUUGGAUAUCUAUUAAAAUGUAUACUUUAAGCAUUUACUGCUAGCUAUUCCUAAGUAAUUAACAGACAGUUCUUACUUAUGAUGAUGGCUCUGGUCAAGCGGAGGAUGAAGAUAUCAGCCUUACAAAUUUGUCUACAUUCCAAAGCAAGCUGCCUCCAGGUAUUCUAUCUCAAGGUCUUCCACAGGUGAAGGAAGUUGCACCAGCUGUAACUUCACUGGAAAGAGAACUUAAUGUUAAAGAAGAACCGAAGAAAAGUAAAUAAAUUAAUUGGAUAUUUAAUUCAUACUCAAUACUCAUCAUAUAUAUUUAUUAAAUUGUGUAUUAUGUAUUUAGUUAGAGAAUUAAGUGAGGCGGAAAAAAUGAUGAUUGUUCAUUCUGAAGAUUUUCAACAAUUUAUGGACCGUGCUGGACGGGUAAUGGAGCGUGCUUUAUCUGAAAAUGUAGAUAUUUAUACAGAUUAUACUGGUGCUUUAGAUGAUAAUGAUUUAAAGUUAGUACAAACUAAAUAUAAAAAGAUAUACAUUUAAGUAUUGUAAAGUUCUAUUUAUAUUUUAAAUUCAUAUUUUUAGUGAAGAUAAAAGUAGUACCCGAUUAUCACUAACACGCGUUUUUCAUGAUGAACAUUGGUCCAAGAAUCGUCUAGUUACAUCCUUAGAUUGGUCACAACAAUUUCCUGAACUAACUGUAGCAUCUUAUAAUAAUUCUGAUGCACCGCAUGAGCCUGAUGGUGUAGUCCUUGUAUGGAAUACUAAGUUUAAAAAGAAUUCUCCUGAAUAUAUGUUUCAUUGUCAAUCAAGAGUUCUAUCUGCUACAUUUGCUAGGUAAAUAUUUUGUUUAAUGUCAAUAAUUGUGUUUUUAGUAGUAAAUACUCCCAAUUUUAUGUUUGAUAUAGAUUUCAUCCAAAUUUAAUUUUGGGAAGUACAUAUUCUGGCCAAAUAGUUUUGUGGGAUAACCGAGCACAAAAAAAAACUCCUAUUCAAAGAACACCAUUAUCAAAUACUGCCCACACUGUAAGUUUUAAUAAAUCAAUGUAAUAAUCAGAAUUAGAGACAUCUAGCAUUUGCAUAUUGUUUUUGAAAGAUUAAAAAAAUCACAUAAUUAAACAUCAAUAUUAUUUAUCAUGUAAGGAAUCUAAAUUUUAAAUUUUAGUUUGCACAUUUUACAGUUUUUGUUGUUUGGAGCAUAUUUUAACAGAAUAUAACUUAAAUUAAUGCUAUAAAAAUAGGGGCAGGGUAGGUAACUUGACAAAUGCACAGUGGUCCGAAGUGUUCAUAAUUAAAUGUUAUUUUAAAAAAAUAAUUGUUUGAUAGUUAAAAUAUUUUUACAGGAUAAAGAAUCAUAAUAAAUGUAUACUACAUAGAAUGAUGUAGGUAUCUGUCUACUUUCUUACAGAAUUUUAUAGAAGACAUUCCGAUAGGUACUGGUAAAGGAUCUAGGACAAACGGAUAUGGCCAUCUGGACACGAGGGACAUACGAAUGCAAAAAAAAAACUGACAUAUUUUGCACAUGGGUGCAGCCACUGUUGUAGGUAGGAAGUUGGUAGAAUACAGACAGGAAUUUAAUGUACAUCUAUAAGCAACAAUAAAUAAACCAUUGAUAACGAAAAACAAUUCUGAGCAGAGUUCAAUUGAUAGUGUUAUUUUAUCAAGAAUUUAUAUGUUUUAUUAUGGUAAAAUGAUUACAAUGAUUUCCAUGACAUCAAUGAUUGUUUAAAAAAAAUUAAAAUAAUAACAAAAAAAUAAAUAAAAAUGGUUGCUAAUGACAACCUUAUUAUUAAUUUUUCAAUCUUUUUUAACCUAAAGAACCAGGUUAAUAAUUAGGGCUCGAAACUUGAAUGCAUUUAAAAUUCACAAAAAAUAAUCAAAAAAGCUAUGAAAACGCACUUAAAAUUAACAAAAAUUAAAUGUAUGUUUUUAAAAGUACCCCCCCUCUAACAGCUCUUACUUAUAAAAUACAAUACUUGAACACUACAAAAGUGAUUUACACAAGUUUUUAAAUAAAAUAUUGCGAGUAUUAUAAAAAAAAAAAUAUAUGCUGAUCGUUAUGUAGUAUUAAAAAAUUGCAUUUAUUGGUUAAAGCCACUAUAUGGGGGGGAGGGAGGAAGAAACUCCUCUGAAUUUUAUUUUUUAUUUUAGAAAAAAAUGUUCAAUGCUUUUUCGACAUUUAUAAGCGUUUUUCUAUGGAUUUUAAAUGGAUAAAGUCCUGAUAAUAAUAUAUAAAAUUAUUAUUAUAUAUUUCAUUUUAUUGUUAUUUAUUGCAUUAUUUUUAUUUAUUAUUUUUUCUGUCAUCCAAACAGCAGAGUCUAAAUAUCCCUCACGUACAUGUGGUGGCGUCAAUUUGUCCUAGACCUACUGGUAAAUUUUUGUAACAGAAUCUGAUACUACAGUUAUAACAUGUUUAGGUAUAUUUUUAAAUGAAUGUAAUCCAUAAUUAAGUUCUAAUAAUUUAAAAUUAUACAGGGUGAUCAUUUUUUCAUAAGACAAUUUGUAAGUAUUAACUUUUUUGAAUAUUUUUUAUAGAAAAUUUGAGGAAUAAUCUAUAGGAAAUCUUUAAUUUUAUAUUUAUGUUAUUUUUUGUCACCCUUAUUUUUAAAAAAUGUUGUCAACACCAAAAUCAAUUUUAAGUAAUACUCCACCAUGAAACUUUUAACAUAGGUUGCUAUUUAAAAUUAAAAAGUGCGUAGUAAUUUUACCCUUAAAAAAAAAGAUUUUCUAUGAUAAUGUGAAUGGGUGCUACCAUUGUUAUAGAUAAUUUAAUGUAUACCUGUAAGCAACAAUAACCCACUACUUACCAAAAAAACAAUUCUAUGCGGAGUUCAGUUGAUAGUGAUGCUUUUUCAACAAUAUAUAUGUCAUUUACUUGUAAAAUAAUUAAAUAGGCUUUAUAUAUUUCCUUUAAUAAUAUGUAUUUAAUGUUGUACUGAUUUUCCCAGUUUUUCCAUGUUUUAUCCCGGUUUUUCAAAUUUGACAAGAAAACUCUUGAGAAAAACGAAAAAUGACCUCCUUAAAGUAUCUUCCCAUGCCAAUUUCUUUUCAACAAAUGUGCUACACUUAAAAAUGUGAGCAAGUUUUCUGGUAAAAAAGUUGUACACAGAUAAAACAAAAAAAAAAAUAUAUAAAAAUAAACAUCUUUCUAAAACCAUGAGCUUAUUUGCACCACUCAGAAUCUAAAAUAAAUCUAACAAAAAGUAACAUAAAUGUAAAAUUGUAGAGCUGCUUGUUUCUUAAAUGUUCUAUAAAACAAAUUUAGAAAAAAGUAAAUAGUUUCCAAGAUAACAAGCAUCUUGAUCACCUGUAUAUUACAUUUUGGAAUUUUGAAGUAGUAUUAGUAGAUGACAUAUAAGCAACUUUCAAAUGUGUUACAUGACCAAUCAUCAGAAUAUCAAUAGUAUGACGUUUUUUACUAUUCUGUAGAUGUUGAAACAACCCCAUGCGACACUGCUAUAUUAUAACUCUCAUCAGUCAUUUUCACUCAUUGACUUCAAUCAGUUCAAAGUAAUAUUAUUACUGGAUAGUGUUUAUUUAGGAGCUACAAUUACUUUUAUUUUAAUUAUUUUUGAUAAUAUUUGUAUUAAAUAAAUUGUGAGCGACUCUAGAGGUAAUAAAAAUGGAUGGAGGUUUAAGAAGGUAAAUAAUUUUUGAUGAUUGCUUAUACCAUUUUUCUGUCUGUAAACCGCUUUCUACCAAAUAUCAUAUUCUGAUCAUCAAUUUUAGGGGUGGUUUUUGAUAGCAAAUUUUGUCUAGUUAGUGUAUUUGGGAAGUUCAUUUAAAUGUUUUAUUUGUUUAUAAUUUUUAACACAUUUAUACUCAAGAAGUUUUAAAAUAUUGAAUUUUUUUUUUUAAUUUAUGAGUUACCUUAGCGAUAAACAUGGAAAAAACCAGUUACUAUUAUUUAAUUUAAUUUUCAUGAUCAAGGAAGAACUCAUCUUAAAAGAUAAAUUAAUGAGAAAAAAAUAUUUGCUAUUAUAAGGAUAAGGUUGAAGGUGAGCAUGGAAAUACUGAAAAUACUCAGGAAAUACUGAGUUAUUAAGCUGGUUACUAAUCAAUUAAUAAUCAUUACUCAUUUGCACUACUUAUUCAACCAAGUACAAAUAACUGCACUACAAAAUUAUGUAUUAUGCAAAAUAUUUUUGUUUUAACUAGCCUUCAUUGAAAAAUUAUAGAUUUCCCACUGACCAUUGGAAUUUUACAAGCAAUGUCUUUUAGUGAUUGUUUUGGCUGAAAUAGUUUUAAAAAAAAUUUGUGUAGUGGAUACUAUGAAAGGGAUGUUAAUGAUGUUAAUUCAGUGAUGAUUUUAUACAAAUGUUUUUAUAUUUCUUUAAACAAAAAUUAUAAUUAGGUAUACAGCUAUAAAUAUGGUAUCAAGAAAUGAUAAAAAUUGGAGUGAUCUGGACACAUAUAUUUUAUGAAUAGUAAUUUUCAAGCCAAUCUGCCUCUAUAAAAGGAUAUACACUCAUAUCUUAUCUUAUUAUAUUAUACACGUUAAAAUUUAUAUUCAAAUUCAUACACUUUGAUGUGCGAUGGCAUAGUCAAAUAGACUAUUAUAAAAUAACUAAUUUAGUUAACAAUCAUUGAUUUUGAUCAAUAACUCAAAUGAUUCAUCUCAAAACACAAAAGUUUUUAUGCAAAUAUCAUUAAUAAUGAAAAAAUUAGUUAUUUAUCAAAGUUUUUAGUACACAAUGUCAAUAAAAACAUUUUUUUCAGAUUAAAUUUUAGUGUAUAUUUGCAUGUUUUUUAGAGCUACUAGUCUUAAUCCUGAAUAAUAACCUAUUAUUAGUUUUAUUUUAUAUAAACUACAUUUAAGUUUAACUCAAUUGUUUUUUGGGUACACGUUAUUUGUUUGUUUUAGCAUCCUGUAUACUGCAUUCAAGUAGUGGGUACUCAGAACGCACAUAAUCUUAUCAGUAUUUCCACCGAUGGUCGACUGUGUUGCUGGAGUUUAGAUAUGCUGACUCAACCUGUUGAACGUCUCGAUUUAACUGUUAAACAGUCAAGACCUGUAUCUGUAUCUGCAUUUGCAUUUUUGCAUGAUGAUGUUAACAAAUUUGUGUUUGGUAGUCAAGAAGGAGCUGCAUAUUCUGGUUGGUUAAAAAUAUAUAUAUAAUUUUUUUUUUAUUGAAAAUAAAUUUUAUAGUUAAAUAUAAUUUUAUAGCUUGUAGACAUACAAAAAAAGCAGGAGUGGUUGAAAGUUAUGAGAGUCAUAUUGGACCAAUUACAGCCAUUGAUACCCAUUGUGUUGAGGGAAACACUGAUUUUAGUAAUCUAUUUCUGACAAGUUCUUUUGACUGGACAAUAAAAUUAUGGAACAUUAAGGUUAACAGUUUUUAUAUUUAAGUAUUAUUUAUAUUGUGAUUAUUUAUUUAAAUUGUUAAACUUAAUAAAGGAAUCCAAACCAAUUCACUCAUUUGAAAAUAAUAAUGACUAUGUGAGCGGUGUUGCUUGGUCUCCUGUUCAUCCAGCUGUAUUUGCUGCAAUUGAUAUCAAUGGCCAUUUAGAUUUAUGGAAUCUCAAUAAUAAUACAGAAUCACCAACAGCUAGUACAGUACUUGACAAUUCACCUUUGUUAAAAAGUCUGAUGUGGUCACAAAACGGAACUCAUUUAAGUGUAGGGGAUGAGUAUGGAAAAAUAUCUGUAUUUCAAGUUGGAGAGGUAAAUUAUAUACAAUCUAUUUGUAAUAUUAUUAUUUGUAUAUGUAUACAUUUAAAUACUAAGUGAUACUUUUAUCAUUAAAUACAAAUUUAAAAAAAAAAAAUUAAAGAAACAAGUAGUUCUAAAAUAUUAAAUUUUCAUUUUUUUUUUUUUUUUUUAAACCCUUAUUUUUUGAAGUAAAACGACUACUUACUUUUGAUUUUCAAAAUUCAACUUUUAUUUAAAAUUCCAUAAAUAGAGUAUUUUUUGAACUAAUGUUAAAAGUUCAAACAAAUUUUGGAUUUCCAUUGAGAUAUUUGACUUUUAAGUUUAGAUAGGUGUGAGUAAUGGGGUACUAUUAAAAAGCCAUGUGCUUUACCGUCAAACAAAUGAUACUCCACCACUUACCCCUACCCAAACUUAAAAGUAAAAUAUUUCAUUAAUGGGUAAAUGAAAAUUUAAAAUUUAUUUAAAUUAAAAUUGUAUCUAUUCAUAUAAUUCAUAAUAUUCUAUAAUACACAUGUCUAUUUUUUUUUUAUAAUUUUUUUUUUUUCACCGCUGAAAAUAAAGGCAAUUAAAAAUAAUAGAAAUUUAACAUUUUAGAGCUGCUUCUUUCUUUCUUUCUUAAAUUAUCAAAAAACAAACUUUUUGAAAUAAAGAGUGUUUAUAAAAGGGUUUGAUAAAAGAAUCUUUCCUUAUAUUUCAACACUUAAAUUAUAGAUACUGAACGAAACGAGGAAUGUAUUGGUUUUACUAUGAUGUUUAUUUUUUUUUUAUGUAUGAACAACUUUUCUACCAGGAAAUUUCCCUCAGAUUUGUAGCUCUUUUUCUAUAAAGAAAUCUAACUCUGGUGGUAAUAUUUUGAUUUUCUCAACAGUUUUCAUAAUUAUUGAAUCAAAAACCAUGGGAAAAUCUGAGAAAAAAUUUAGGAAAAACGUUAAAAUAGGUACAACAAAUAUUUGUUAAUAUAUUAACAUCCCCCAUUUGAUGUUUGAUGAAUGAGUUAUUCAAAAUUUUAAAUCAAUCAUUCAUUUUAGGCUGUACCACUUAAAGUUGAGUAUUUGUGUAUACAAAAAAAUCUAAACAUUGUGCUAUAGUAUUUUUUUUUUCAGUUUAAAACAUUAAAUAACAAAUUUUAUAAAGAUUUCAAAAGUGCCACAAGUAACAAUUAUUACAUCAUUUAUUACUGAAAAAAUUAUAAUUUUUGUUUUAAAAAAAAAAAAUAUUUUUGAAAAAAGGCAAUAUUUUUCGAAAUAAUGAGUGUUCAACUAAGUAACUUUGACAGUAAUAAAUAAUGUAAUAAUGUCACAUGUGACAUUUUUGAAAUUUUUGUAUAAUUUUCUAUCCAAUAUUUGAUGUUAAAUGUUUUUUAGUUAAAUAAAAAAGUUAUAGCAAUAUGUUUAAAUUUGUUCUUAAAAAAUGAUAAAAUUAUUGAACUUCAAGUACCUGGGGGCACGGCUAAAAAUCGAACAAAAGGUGUGAGAGUUUCACAAACUUUAAAAUAAAAAAAAGAAUGUAUUAGAGUAAUCUAAGGGCCACCCUAAUAUAUACUUAAUAUUUGUAUUUGCCCAAUACAAUAAUAUAUUGCAUAUUUGAAUUAUAUUAUUUGUUUAUUCAUUGUAAAGUAAACUCAUAAAAAAAAAAUUUCUUUUCGUGAAAUAUAUAUUUUGAAUGUACCUAAACUGAAUACGUAAAUAGAUAUUUUGAGUAUACAUAGAGAACAUGUAGAUGUUGAUUGCAUUUAAUAUAAUAUAACACAUUUUAGACAGUUUAUUUACUUUGUAAGUAUUAAUAUUUUGUCGUAUAAUUAUAUUAUUAUGUUUUAAAUAUAGCAAAUGACACAACCAAGACAUGAUGAUUGGUCAAAACUUUCUAACACAUUACAAGAAUUAAAGAGCAACCAGACAGAUGAGAUGGACAGAUGUAUUAACUAUAGUUCAGGCUCAGUUUCUUCUGUUUUUUCUAGAUCGUCUAGUAUUUUAAUGAAAUAGUUAUCUUUUUGAAAGUAUUUAAAAUAUGAUGUUAAAUGUACACAUAUUUAUUAAUUUGUAUAAUAUUAAUUAAUUGCUUAUUUUAUUUCAUUUCAUUAAUUAAGAAAAAGUACUUAUCUUUAAUCAUUGUUUACUAAUGUAUAUUUAUAUAUUUAUAACUCACUCAUUUUAAAUAUAAUGUAUAAGUAAAAAUAUGUAAGAAGUCAAAAUGUGUAUUUGAAUUAUUUCUUAAAUAACAGAUAUUGAAAUUAUUUUUCAUGAAAUCACAUAAAAGCUUUACAAUAUUAAUAUUUUUUCUUUUAGAACUCUAAGAAUAACUAAUUCAGUGAAAUAUGAAUGAUACUUGUUUAAAAGCAUAAAAGUCAAUGCUGUCAUUUGUCAAUUGUCAUUAGAACCAAAUUUUAAAAAAAAAGUACAUCUUUAGAUCUAAAAUCAGGUGGGUGACCGGGUCUGGGUGAGUGUAUAAUCGUAAGACCUCAACACAAACAUUUUAAUUAGGUAAUUAUUUAAUUAAACGCGUUUUAAUCGAAUGAUCAAUCUGUGUGUGCCAUUUUGUGUUUGUUAAUUUAAUAAUUUGCUUAUUUGUUAAAUUUUGAUUCAAAAUCAUGGAUCAUCAAAAUGAAUUUGAAUAAUAACUAUUAGAUAUACUUAGUCACUACCACCUACAAUUAAAGAUAUACCUUGUAUAGUUAUACAUAAUAUAAUAUAAAUACUAUAUACUUAAUAUUAAUUACUGCCUAAUAUAUUAUAUGUAAUAUAAAAUAUGCAAUAGUGUAAUAGUAAUUACUUAUCUCAUAGAUGAGUACUAUUUGAGUAUUAUAUUAAUUUAAUUUCGCUAAAAAUCUGGGGAUGCUAAGCACCCCUGUAUGUGCGCCAAUGAUGUAGUGUCGUGUG